GAAUUAAUCGGAAAGGCAUAAAAAAGAAAGAAAUAUGGUUUCUAUUAGUUAAUUAUUUAUUUCCCGGCAAGAGCAAAUGAAACCGUUAUACUAUUGUAGGGUCAGUUAGGAAUUGGAAUGAACGGAGUGGAGUGACUCUUCAGGAAACAGCUAUGGCUAAAAACAGCUGAAAUCGAAAUCGAGACUUGGUCAAGAAGACCAUAAAUUAUCCAUUCCUUCCGAUUACGCGCCUCAAUCUUUUUUUCCCAUCACUAUUUGUAUUGUCUCUCCAGCUUUCCCGUACCCUAGCGGAGUUACUCUUUCUCUCUCCUUCUCCUCUUCCCAAUCUUUCAUUCUUAUUAUCUUUGAUUCUGAUUUUGUGGGUUGUCCUCAUUUUUUCGUCAGCUGCAUUGUGCAUUUGCAGGCAUUGGGCUAAGGGCUCUAGUUGUGGCGUCCUGGCGUGAGUGCUUUGAUUUUGCAGCACUUUUUCUUUGUCAUCCGUUAAAAACCCACAAAAAGAAAAGGUUUCUAUACUUCCAACCAGAUGGCGACUGUCUCUGGUCCUGUAUCCCCCUCAUCAGCGCCUAAGAUGGAGCCUCUUGGGGAUGAGAAACAGGCAAGGAUUGAGUCCUUGCGAAAGAAAGCCAUCAAUGCCUCCAACAAAUUUAGGAAUUCAAUGACCAGAAAGGGUAGGAGAAGUAGCAAAGUAAUGUCCAUUGAAAUUGAGGAUGUCCAUAUCGCAGAGGAGUUGGAGGUGGUUGAUGCUUUCCGCCAAAUACUUGUAUCGGAGGAUCUCCUACCUGCAUCGCAUGAUGAUUAUCAUACGAUGCUAAGGUUUUUGAAGGCAAGGAAAUUUGAUAUUGACAAAACAAAGCAAAUGUGGUCUGAUAUGCUCCAGUGGAGGAAGGAAUUUGGUGCCGACACUGUUAUGCAGGACUUUGAAUUCAAUGAAAUCAAUGAAGUCGUACAAUAUUAUCCCCAAGGGCAUCAUGGCGUUGAUAAGGAUGGAAGACCUGUAUAUAUUGAAAGAAUAGGUCAAGUAGAUUCAACUAAGCUUUUGCAAGUUACAACAAUGGACCGUUAUCUCAAAUACCAUGUUCAGGAGUUUGAGAGAACUUUUGCUGUUAAGUUGCCAGCUUGUUCAAUCGGAGCAAAGAAGCACAUUGAUCAAAGUACAACCAUCUUGGAUGUUCAAGGAGUGGGCCUCAAAAGUUUUAACAAAGCAGCAAGAGAUCUUAUCACUUGCCUUCAGAAGAUUGAUGGAGACAACUAUCCUGAGACCUUGAAUCGCAUGUUCAUCAUUAAUGCUGGUUCUGGAUUUAGAAUGCUGUGGAACACUAUUAAGUCUUUCCUUGAUCCUAAGACUACGGCGAAAAUCAAUGUGCUUGGCAAUAAAUAUCAAAGCAAGUUACUUGAGAUUAUUGAUGCCAGUGAGUUGCCAGAGUUUUUGGGAGGUACCUGCACUUGUGCUGAUCAAGGAGGCUGCAUGCGUUCUGAUAAGGGCCCUUGGAAAGACCCAGAGAUACUGAAGAUGGUUCAAAAUGGUGAUCAUAAAUGUAAAAAGACAAGUCGAUCUCAAAUUCCCGAGGGGAAGACAAAUUCUGAGGAGAAGACAAUUUCUGAGGAUCAGACAGUGUGCUCAAAGGGAAAUGACACUUUGGUGGUGCAGUCAGCUCCCAUCGUUCCAAUUGACCAGUUAGACUAUGCGCAAGUGGCUCCUCUGAUUGCACAAGUUUCUUCAAAGUUUGAUACCUAUGGUCCUAUAAUUGAGAAGACUAUGGAUAUGACUUGGAAAAAUUUGCCACAAGAUGAUAAGUUUGCUAUUUCUAAAGCAGCAGAAUGUUACACCAAGUAUGAUGGUUGCAAGGUUCCUGAAGGGAUGGGUUCUCCAAUUUUUACUGGUGUUAUGGCUUUUGUUAUGGGCAUUGUCACCAUGAUUAAAGUAUCACGCAACAUGCCUAAGAAGAUGACCAAUGCCACCUUCUACUCUGGUCCUGUAUGCUCUGGUGAGACAAAGGUUAAAGACCGCAGCUCAAAUGAAUAUUCUAUCUCUAGGGCAGAUUACAUGACUGUCAUCAAACGCAUGGCUGAAUUGGAAGAGAGAGUGAAGGUUCUGAGCAUGAAACCUGUUAUGACACCUGAGAAGGAGGAGAUGUUGAAUGCUGCUUUAAGCCGGGUUGACACCUUGGAGCAAGAGCUUAUGGGAACCAAGAAGGCUCUGGAGGACUCUCUUGCGAGACAAGAUGAGCUCGUGGCUUAUAUUGAGAAGAAAAAGAAGAAGAAGAAGCUGUUCACCUGGUGAACGAAGAACACUAAUUUCUUGGAGUUGCAAAGAGAACUGUUGAUGAGCUGAUUUUCUGUUUUCCAGUCUUGUCUAAGUUUUCUUGUACAAAAUAGAAACCAAAGAUUUUGUUCGGAAGUAUGAUUUCCUUCCUUUUUAGAUUUAUCUGCAACAAUUAAAUGCUCGCAUUUUACAGAUGUAUUCCAAUUCUCAAUACAAAUGAUUGAGCAUCUAUUAACAGAUUUAUAAA